AUGUCGUCGCGGCCGUCGACGUCGUCCUCGCGGCGGAGCAGCUCGCCGUUCUCUGCGGGGCACCGCCGCCCGCCCACUGCGUCAUCUUCCUCUUCGAGCUCGUACUUCAGCUCCGGCCGCCUCAUUCCGCGCUCGUCCCCGUCCUCCGUCAGCUCCAGCUUCUACGGCGGCGGGGGCGGGGGCAGCACGAGGUCCACCACCCCCGGCCGCCGCAGCUCAUCUGUAGCGCCGGCGCCUGCGCUCGCGCCAGUCCCGUUCCCGAGCGCGGACGAGCUCGUCAUCGAGGACACCUCCCGAUCCGGCGACAGCAUCUCCGUCACCAUCCGCUUCCGACCGCUCAGCGAGCGCGAGUUCCAGCGCGGCGACGAGAUCUCGUGGUAUCCAGAUGGGGAUCGGCUUGUGCGGUGCGAGUACAACCCGGCAACGGCUUAUGCUUAUGAUAGAGUUUUUGGGCCUUCGACAACCACUGAGGCUGUCUAUGAUGUUGCAGCUCGGCCUGUUGUAAAAGGUGCUAUGGAGGGCAUAAAUGGGACAGUUUUUGCCUAUGGCGUAACAAGUAGUGGGAAGACCCACACAAUGCAUGGUGACCAGAAUUGUCCUGGAAUAAUCCCACUAGCCAUCAAGGAUGUCUUCGGCAUGAUCCAAGAUAGUCCUGGAAGAGAAUUUUUGCUCCGUGUGUCGUACCUUGAAAUCUAUAAUGAGGUGAUAAAUGAUCUACUUGAUCCUACUGGCCAAAAUUUGCGUGUGCGGGAGGAUGCACAGGGAACCUAUGUAGAAGGAAUAAAAGAAGAAGUAGUUCUGUCUCCAGGACACGCUCUUUCUUUUAUUGCAGCGGGUGAAGAACAUCGGCAUGUUGGCUCUAACAACUUCAACUUAUUUAGCAGCCGAAGUCAUACUAUUUUCACAUUGAUGAUUGAAAGCAGCGCCCAUGGUGAUGAGUAUGAUGGGGUCAUGUAUUCACAGCUCAAUUUGAUUGAUCUAGCUGGCUCUGAGAGCUCGAAGACAGAGACUACAGGGUUAAGAAGAAGGGAAGGGUCAUACAUUAACAAGAGCCUUUUAACUCUUGGAACAGUCAUUGGCAAGCUCAGCGAAGGGAGGGCAACACAUAUACCCUAUCGUGAUUCUAAGUUGACCCGUCUGCUACAAUCAUCAUUAAGUGGCCAUGGUCAUGUCUCACUAAUUUGCACAAUUACCCCAGCAUCAAGUAACAUGGAAGAAACCCAUAAUACAUUGAAAUUUGCAAGCAGAGCAAAACGUGUUGAAAUUUACGCCUCUCGCAAUCGGAUAAUUGAUGAAAAAUCAUUGAUCAAGAAGUAUCAGAAAGAAAUAUCCUCUCUAAAGCAAGAACUCGAUCAGCUAAGGAGAGGAAUGAUUGGUGGUGCCAGCCACAAAGAAAUUAUGAGUUUACGUCAGCAGUUGGAGGAGGGUCAGGUCAAGAUGCAGUAUCGUCUGGAGGAGGAAGAGGAAGCGAAAGCUGCUCUAAUGAGCAGGAUACAACGCUUGACCAAGUUGAUACUUGUUUCCACCAAAAACAAUAUUCCUGCCUUGACAGAUGGUCAUCAGCGGCACAAUUCUGUCAGCGAGCAAGAUAAGUUAAGCACUUCACAAGAUAGUUCUACACUUGUCCAAAAUGAGGGCACCACAAAAGACCCCCUACCAGACUCCUUAGAUGAGAUCAAUCAAUUAAGAUCUGGCAGUGGUGAACAUUCUUCAGUUACUGGUUCUGCAGCAGAUUCAAUGCAGGCGGGAUUCACGGCAACAGAUCAUAUGGAUCUACUGAUUGAGCAAAUUAAGAUGCUCGCUGGGGAGGUCGCAUUUGGUACCAGUUCGCUGAAAAGACUAAUCGAACAGUCCAUAGAUGAUCCUGAAGGGACAAAGGACCAAAUAGAGAAUUUAGAGCGUGAAAUCCAGCAAAAGAGAAGACAUAUGCGAGCCCUGGAAAAACAAAUCAUGGAAAGUGGUGAGGCAUCAGUUGCUAAUGCAUCCAUGGUGGAUAUGCAGCAGACUAUUACAAAACUAACUGCUCAGUGCGGUGAGAAGGCUUUUGAGUUAGAGUUAAAGUCAGCUGAUAAUCGUGUUCUCCAGGAGCAGCUACAGCAGAAGAAUGUGGAAAUCAAUGAUUUACAAGAAAAAGUUUUUCGCCUUGAGCAACAACUCUCAGCAAAAGUGGAUAUAUCCCCUGAGCAGGAGACUGAUUGCGCACAGCAGGAGGCUAUUGAUUUGAAAUCUAAACUUCAGUCCAAGGAAGCUGAAAUCGAAAAGCUGAAAUUCGAGCAUCUGAAAAUUACUGAGGAACAUUGUGACUUGAUCAAUCAGAACCAUAAAUUAAGUGAGGAAGCUGCAUAUGCAAAAGAAUUGGCAUCUUCAGCUGCUGUUGAACUUAAGAAUUUGGCUGAAGAAGUUACAAAGCUAUCUGUACUAAAUGCAAAACAAGCAAAGGAAUUAUUAGUUGCUCAGGAGAUGGCACAUUCAAGGGUUCAUGGUAGAAAGGGUCGUACAACCAGUAGGGGCAGGGAUGAGGUUGGGACAUGGAGCCUCGAUUUAGAGGACAUGAAAAUGGAGCUACAGGCCAGAAGGCAGAGGGAGGCUGCUUUGGAAGCUGCUUUGGCAGAGAAGGAGUUUCUCGAAGAGGAGUACAAGAAAAAGUUUGACGAGGCAAAGAAAAAGGAACUAUCUUUGGAAAACGAUCUAGCAGGCAUGUGGGUUCUUGUUGCUAAGUUGAAAAAAGGGGCUUUAGGCAUAUCUGAUUUGAAUGUUGAUGAUCGAACUGUUAACCUAGCUGAUAUAACUAACGGCACAAAGGAAAACAAAGGUGAAAAGAAUUUUGCUCUAGUUGAGAAGCAAAUUUCAGACGAUUCUGUUAAGUCACUGAGCACAGAAGGACAUAGAAGUCCGGAGUUUGAACCACUUCUUGUUCGUCUGAAGGCUAAAAUUCAGGAGAUGAAGGAAAAGGACACUGAUCCCCUGAGCGACAAAGAUGGCAAUUCACAUGUCUGCAAAGUUUGCUUCAUAUCUGCAACUGCUGCAGUAUUGCUUCCUUGCCGGCAUUUUUGCUUGUGCAAGCCUUGCUCGCUUGCCUGUUCGGAGUGCCCUCUGUGCCGCACAAGAAUAGUAGACAGGAUAAUCACCUUCACAUGA